UGUGCAAUUAUAAAAUAUCACGUGGAGUCCGAUUUAAAAGCACAGAGUUUACAUCGCCUCCAGCUUCUGUGAAGGCAAGUCUUCAAGUUUCAGCAGAUUUGGCUGCAACUCCUCAGACUCAUCCAGGCGACAGGAGCAGCGGAUCAUGGAGCCUUACCUCCCAUCUCUUAAUUGAUGCACGCAGUGGAGACCUCUCAACUACCGAGGAGAAGUAGAUUGCCUUAACAGAGUUUCUUCAUCAUCACCGUCAUUAUCAUAAUCAUUAUUACCACCUUCACUGCUACCGCCAUCAGGAGCCGCAGCGCCAGCAUCACCUCCGCGCAUUCCUCGGGGCUGUGAGAGCACCAGGUCGCCAGGAUUCCAAUUUCCACGAAGAUGAACAUUCAAGUCCUGCCAGACAAUAAGCUCUCGUCCGUUGACCCUCUGAAAUCAUAUAACAAUGUGGAAAAGAAGGAAGUGGAGUUAAUCUUGGUGAAGGAUCGGAAUGGGGUCCAGUAUACCAACUCCAGCAUCAUCGCCGCCUCGAGUGCCACCGAGUCCGCUGAGGAAGCGGAGAGGGAGACUUGGGGCAAGAAAAUAGACUUUCUCCUGUCGGUCAUUGGCUUCGCGGUGGACUUGGCCAAUGUGUGGAGAUUUCCGUAUUUAUGCUACAAAAACGGAGGAGGUGCCUUUCUGAUCCCGUACAUCCUUUUCCUCCUGAUUGCUGGGAUGCCCCUGUUCUACAUGGAGCUCGCCCUGGGCCAGUACAACAGAGAAGGGGCUGCCACCGUCUGGAAGAUCUGCCCUGUGUUUAAAGGUGUUGGCUACACGGUGAUCCUCAUUGCGUUGUAUGUGGGCUUCUACUACAAUGUGAUCAUUGCUUGGUCUCUGUUCUACCUGUACUCCUCGUUCACACUUGAACUUCCCUGGCAACACUGCGGGAAUGUCUGGAACAGCCCAAACUGCACUGACCCCAAGGUCCUUAGCGGCUCGUUAUUGAAGAAUGGAUCGUCAUACUCCAAGUACAAGAUCACGCCGGCUGCGGAGUUCUACGAGCGAGCAGUGCUGCACCUUCACGAGAGCAAAGGCAUUCAGGACCUGGGAGUGCCUCAGCUGCGGCUGGUGGCCUGCCUGGUGGUGGUGGUCUUCAUCCUGUACUUCAGCCUGUGGAAGGGGGUCAAGUCAUCCGGCAAGGUGGUGUACAUCACCGCCACCAUGCCGUACGUGGUGCUGUUCGUCCUGCUCAUCCGUGGCAUCACCCUGCCUGGAGCCAUGGAUGGCAUCAGGGCAUACCUCCACAUCGACUUCAAGCAGCUCAAGAACCCCAAGGUAUGGACUGAAGCGGCGACUCAGAUAUUCUAUUCCCUGGGAGCAGGUUUUGGGGUUCUGAUCGCAUUUUCCAGCUACAAUAAAUUUGACAAUAACUGCUACAGGGACGCUCUUUUGACCAGCAGCAUCAACUGUGUCACCAGUUUCUUUUCCGGGUUUGCGAUUUUCUCCGUGCUGGGAUACAUGGCCCAAAAACACGGGGUGAACAUCAAGGACGUGGCGACCGAAGGGGCCGGAUUGGUUUUUAUAAUUUACCCAGAAGCCAUAUCCACCCUCCCUGGAUCAACCUUCUGGGCCAUAGUCUUCUUCAUAAUGCUCCUAACCCUGGGCAUCGACAGUUCUAUGGGUGGUAUGGAAGCUGUCAUCACCGGCCUCUCGGACGAUUUCAAAUUCCUCAAGAGGAACAGGAAGCUGUUUACGUUCGCCACGGCGUUCGGGACAUUCCUGUUUGCCUUGAUCUGCAUCACAAACGGAGGGAUAUACGUCCUGACUCUCCUGGACACUCACGCUGCGGGUACCGCCAUUCUUUUUGGGGUGUUAGUGGAGGCUGUGGGGGUGUCCUGGUUUUAUGGUGUGGACCGGUUCAGUGACGAUAUCGAACACAUGAUGGGCUUCAAGCCCGGCCUGUACUGGAGGCUGUGCUGGAAGUUUGUCAGUCCUGUUUUUCUGCUGUUUGUGGUGAUUGCCAGCAUCGUGAACUCCAGUGACCUGAAAUACGAUGAGUAUACCUUCCCUAAGUGGUCCAACUAUGUUGGCUGGGGCAUCGCACUGUCGUCUAUACUGCUUGUGCCGUUCUACGCCAUCUACAAGUGCUGCACCGUGAAGGCAGACACACUGAAACAGAGAAUAGCUUAUUGCAUUACACCUGAACAUGAAUAUCACCUUGUGGCUGAAGGGAAAAUCAGGCAGUUUGAGUUAAAUCACUGGCUUUCCAUUUGACACGUGUGACCUGAAGUUGCAGCCUGAAAUUCCAGGAUAGUAAAGACAUGCAGUUCUGCCUUCUUGGGAAAGGUGAAUUUCUGUGAAGAAGAUUGACUGGGAAAAGUGGAAUUUUCUGUGUUCUGAAAGGCAUGUCAGAUGCGCUGUUUCAUUGGUGUAAUUAUUUAGUUAAUAAAUGAAACCAUUUCUCAAACCUCAUAAGACUUCACACAGAGGCACUCCACUGAGAAAUCUGUAGGUAUAUAUAUUUUUUUCAAAAGUUGCUUUUGCUUUUCUUUUGCUUUUUUUUGUAAAUUACAUUGUUAAACAUUGUAUAAAUCAGUUAAAGAGGAAAAAAGGAUUCAUGCCAAAUCGCAACCACAACCAUGAAGAGAACUUUGUGUUAAGUACAUUUGUGUUUCUUUUUUUGCAAACCCCGAACCUUUAAAAGUGAAUUACGCACAGGAAUAGGUAAUUUCUUCAAACAGCCAUUUAUUUUCAUUCACCUGUACCAUCACCUGUGUUUCGUGUAAGAGCAGGCUGAUGGGUACAGUGAAUGGGAUCUCAGGAUCUAUCAGUCAGCACCAUGUCAUAGCUGUUUAGCACCUGGUUGUGCCUGGGUCGUGACUGGCUCAGAGGAUCCUUCAUAUCGCAUACAUUAUGAAUUUGAAUGUCACCCAAUGUCUGUGUAAUGAGCAUGAGAGGUAUGCCCAGGUUGAUUUGAGUAUCCCUGCUGGUGUCAGAGAUGAGCUGAAGGAAUGUGUAGCAGGAACACCAUGUGUAUGAAGCAGCAGCAUAUCCACAAUCCACAAUACGCAAAUGAACGCUUCGUCAUAAAAUACCUCACCUCAUCUCACACAGGUGUCCACUUGAAAUAACAAUUCAACUGUCAGUGCCUUAUCGAGACACUAAAAUAUUGGCAAACAUUUAACAGAUUUUUUUUUCUGUGACUUAUUCAUCCAGUCAGAAUGUUUUCAGGUUCCUCAGAUACAUUCGUUUUUAAAGCAAGAUUGUUGAGGUACAAACGAUAGCAUUAUCCAUUUUAUUUCCAAAUGAAAAACUAAAAUGAACCAUUUCUUAUGUAAGGGAAAAGGGAAAAAACUGACACAGAGAUUUGCAACAGCAUUCUUUUCAAAAGCUUUAUUGCUGUUGUGUUUACCAAGAGCUGUGUGGGUUUACUUUACAAACCUCAUAAUCCUUUGAGUACUAAAGUAAUCACAGUGCUAUAAAAUAAGUGUGGUGUCUUAAGACCCAAAGCCAGUGAAAACAUUGAGCUGAAAAGCCAAUACCAUUGCUUUUCCUCAUUUUCAAGAACCUCAGAUUAAUGUAAUAAAGGAGGUGGCUUUGACAACAUGGAUUUUAACUCUAUAUGGUAUAUUUGCACUGUAUUUGUGAUAUUUAUUACCACAUACAUUCAAUGCUUUGUUCUGUGUUGUUAAAAAAAAGUCUGCUUUGCUUCCAAAGACAGAUGUUCAAUAUGUGUGUGUGUGUGUGUGUGUGUGUGUGUGUUUGUGCGUGCUUGUGUGUGUGUUUGUGUGUGUGUGCGUGUGUGCGUGCGUGCGUGAGUGUGUGUGUGUGUGUGUGUUUGUGUGCAUGCGUGUGUGUGUGUGCGUGUGUGCGUGCGUGUGUGCCUGAGUGUGUGUGUGUGUGUGUGUUUUUGUGCGUGCGUGUGUGUGUGUGUGUGUGUGUGUGUGUGUGUGUGGUUGGAGGGGUUAUUGCUGAUGUUUGCCUGAAAGUGUUUCUUCUUCUCUCAUAAACAUGUGAAACAAUCUCAGUCCAGAAUAACUGUUACCUUAUCUGAAAUGAUACAUUUAUCAGUAGAAGUAUUUUAUUUAAGUGUUUUUUACUCAAGUAGAACAGCUUAAAAGUGCCAAAAUAUCAUAUUUCAUAUUUCAUCUUUUGUUACUUUUAUUUAUUAAAACAGUGAAAACAAAUGACUUUUUUAAUGAUUUAACAGGUAGGAGGUAAGCCACACAUAUCAUGAAACAGAAAUAUGUGUGUUGUAAGAUAUACAGAAUAUAUAAAUAUAUUCUUUUGGUAUGUAUAAUCUUGUAUUCAUCAAAUUGUUUAUUACAGAACGUGAAUGUAAAGUCUUAAAUGUAACUGUCAACUGUUACAGUGUUUGACGUAGUUUAGGCAAAAUAUUACAGAUGUAUCUUCAUUGUAACCUGGGGCAGCUGGGGCCAAACCCAGCAUUACUGCACUAUGUUUACAUAAUAUUGUGUACAAUAUAAAGUCCUGUUGAACGUCAGUGAAAGUUAUCUAUAAAGAAGUCGAAAUAUGCACAUUAUCACAAUAAAGCGUUUCCCUCUA